GAGGAUGGUAAAGGACGGGCCGGUGUCUAGAGCUGCCCCCUGCGCUGGCAGCUGGAGUGAGUGAGAGAGAGAGAGAGAGAGUGGGAGAGAGAGAAGAGGGGAAACAGCGGCGGAGAGCAGCAAAACAGGCACUUAGCAUCAGCAACACACACACACACACACACACAUACACACACAUACAUACAUACACAUACAACCCAGCCAUGAAACAGGGGCUCCUGGAUAUCAUGAGGAUGAGCAGAAAAUGCCGCAUGGUCCUCGCCACUUGCCUUGGAUCAUUUGUACUGGUGAUCUUCUAUUUCCAAAGUAUGUUACAUCCAGUAAUGCGCCGGACGCCAUUUGGGGUGGACAUCUGCUGCAGGAAAGGAUCAAGGACUCCAUUACAAGAGCUCCAGAACCCAACCCAGUAUCAAUUCUCAAGCACAGAACUCACACAUCAGAUAAGGCGAAACCGGAUCGCUCAGACGUGUCAAGCCAACAGCGCCAGAAGUCGUAAAAGGCGGGUUUUGACCUCCGAUGACCUGAAACAUUUAGUUGUAGAUGAAGACCAUGAGAUGAUCUACUGCUAUGUGCCUAAAGUGGCCUGUACAAACUGGAAGAGGGUCAUGAUGGUCCUCACAGGAAGGGGCAAAUACACUGACCCCAUGGAAAUCCCUGCAAAUGAAGCCCAUGUAUCAUCAAACCUGAAGACACUCAAUCAGUACAGCAUCCCAGAGAUUAACCACCGCUUGAAAAACUACCUGAAGUUCAUGUUUGUGCGCGAGCCCUUUGAGAGGCUGGUGUCGGCGUACAGAAACAAGUUCACCCGGAGGUACAACACGUCCUUUCACAAACGGUAUGGAACCAAGAUCGUCCGGCGGCAGAGGAAGAAUGCAACGCAGGCGGCCUUGCUCAACGGCGACGACGUGAAGUUCGAGGAGUUUGUGGGCUACCUCGUCGACCCCCACACGCAGAAAGAGGAGCCCUUCAACGAGCACUGGGAGACAGUGUCCUCACUGUGCCACCCCUGCCACAUCCACUACAACCUUAUUGGGAAGUACGAAACCCUACAAGAGGAUGCAAACUAUAUUCUGCAUCUGGCUGGGGUGGGAGGCUACAUCAAAUUCCCCACCUAUGCCAAAUCCACCAGAACUACAGAUGAAAUGACAGCUCAGUUUUUCCAAAACAUCAGUGCUGCCUUCCAGACAAAACUGUUCAAUCUCUACAAAUUAGAUUUUGUAAUGUUUAACUAUUCGAUGCCAAGUUACCUGAAGUUGGCAUAAGAAUGCCUGUUGAUUUAUUUAAGUCCUUAUUUGUUAUAAUUGCAGUUUUUUUGUUUUGUUUUGUAAUUUUAAUGAAGAUUUUCAGCGUUGCUGCGAGCAGCAAAAAAUUGGAAAUUAUUUAAAUAACUUUGUAUGAAAGAAGGGCUCUCUUGGGAGGGUGAUGGAACCAUGGGCUAGUCUAAAGAUUCCUUUCCUGGCAUAUCCUGUUGUGCUGAAUAGGCGUAUGGUCCAUUUGUGCAAGAUCAGAAGCUUUGCAUGACCUGCGGAGAGGUGAUUUGAAAUCAAGAGCCUCCAUAUGUCCAGGAUACAGUUUGGAACACUGUUAACCCAUCUCACCCUUAAGAAGCACAAGCACCCUCUGAUUUGACUGUACUGUAGUAAAUUGCUAAUAGUCGACUGUCAGUGAAAAAAGGAGACUUGUGUGGUAGUUGCCAUAUCAUUGUACGAUCAACAUUUUAGCAAAUAGUUUCAAGUAUUCCAGAGAUUUAAGCUGCAGUUACUGUUCGUUUUUGUUUUAAGGAAGCUAACACGAGGCUUCUGCCCUAUGAUGCUAAGUCCCAGCUCGAUUAACAGUCUCGCUAAGAGUCAUUGGGUCACUUUUGUGCUCCUCUUUUACAAAGAGGACGCCACAAACUGCCCAGGGCCGGUAUUUUCUGCCAGCAGCAUCUGUCGGAAAAUCGUGGGCAAGCUUGCCUGGGGUUUUCCCAUAUGGCUGCAGAGCAGCCAAAGCUCCCCUUCCACCAGCCAACCCCACCUCCCACUAUACACACCAAAGCCCUGCUGGAUAGUCUUGCCUUGAAGGAGGAGGGGAAAAG